ACAGUGUAGUAAUCAACAUGGAGGCCCAUCUUGAUUACCGAUCGAAAAAUGUUAUUGUUCUCCUUUUUCUAAUUGUCUCUUUAUCUGCAACUCUAGUGCAUCCAGUUACGGCACAAAAAGUGAAGCUGGCUUUAUACUACGAAGCUCUGUGUGAUGCUAGUGCGAUUUUCCUAAACUUCCAUCUAUCCAAGAUAUUCGAUAACGGCCUUAUUGAUAUCGUUGAUCUCAAGCUCAGUCCCUAUGGAAAUGCUAAGCUUGGUUCCAAUGGCACCAUUCUUUGUCAACAUGGUGAAUGGGAAUGCAGGCUAAAUACUGUUGAGGCUUGUGCAAUCAAUGCAUGGCCUGUGGGUGACCACUUCAGGUUUAUCUAUUGUGUGGAGAGUUUAAGUUUACAUGACAAGUAUAGUGAGUGGGAAACUUGUUUUCAGAAAUUAAAGUUAGACCCAAAAGAUGUUACUGGUUGUGUCACCAGUGGACUUGGACACAAGCUCGAGCUACAAUAUGCGGAUGAAAUAAGCGCUCUUAAACCUCCUCAUGAGUAUGUGCCAUGGGUCGUAGUGGACGGACAACCACUCAAAGAGAAUACCCGAUAUUUCAUGAGGUAUGUAUGUAACGCUUAUAAAGGAUCUAAAGUGCCCCAAGCUUGCCAUGAGUUAUCUCUCCCGAAUCGCAGUGCAAAACCAUUCAAUCAUGUGUGCUACAAAGAAGACAACAAUGCAAAAUCAAAGUCAAAGGUUUUGAAAUCUUUGUAAAGCUAUUGUGGGGCUUGAUUCCACAUCUAUGUUUUGAGAAACAUGUAAUAAAGAUAUGAAAUGUUUUGACAAGAG